AACCUCUAUAAAUACUACUACUACCCCUUCUCCCUUCAUAGAUCAUAUGUCCACAGGCAACUCAGUUCACUCCGAACUUUCUAGUUUGAGAAAGAAAGAGAAGACCUUUCUCCCCAUAAACAAGUACUACUACCACAAUCUGUAUUUCAACCUUUCCUUGAUCCUUUCUCAUUUGUUUAGCCAAUUAUAAGACACCAUAUAACUAACUAAUUAAGCUAUAUUUUUUUUCUGACACCAAGUACACCUCUCUCUCUUCAAUAUAUUUCUUUACUAUUGCUACAUAUUGCAUCUAUCAUUCUUCAAAAAGAAGAGGAGGAAGACGAGGAGGAAGAAGAGGAGGAGGAGGAGGAGGAGGAGGAGGAAGAAGAAGAAGACCACGAAAAAAGAAAAAAAAUAGUGUUGGUAGAGAGAAUCAAGGUUAAUAUCAUGCAGAUUUCACUUUCAGUGUGCAAAGAAGUUUAUCUGAACUUUCCGGCCAGUCCGAGCAUGACCGACUCAUUCAACCGUUGGCAACGGAAAGUAAAGGUCGUGGUAGUGAUGGGGGCCACCGGUACAGGAAAAUCAAGACUCUCGAUCGAUUUGGCAACCCUGUUCCACUCCGAGGUCGUAAACUCGGACAAAAUGCAAGUUUAUCAUGGACUGGAUAUCACUACGAAUAAAGUUACAGAUGAAGAACAGUGCGGAGUUCCGCACCAUUUACUAGGCAUCAUCGACCCCGAUUCCGACUUCACGGCUACCGACUUCAGCCAUUUUGCUUCCUUAGCAGCUGGUUCGAUUGCGUCUCGUGACCGGCUCCCAAUCAUCGUUGGGGGCUCGAAUUCAUAUAUCGAAUCAUUGGUGGACGACGAAGAACUCGAGUUCCGUUCGAAUUUCGAGUGUUGCUUCCUCUGGGUGGACGUAUCGCUGCCGGUUCUUAACUCUUUCGUAUCAACUAGAGUUGAUCAGAUGAUCGAACUUGGAUUGAUCGAUGAAGUCAGAAAGAUAUUCGAUCCUAAAGCGGACUAUAACAGGGGGAUAAGACGCGCAAUUGGGGUCCCCGAGCUGGACCGUUUCUUACGAGCCGAAUCUAGUGGCGCAGAUUACGAAACGCGCGCACGAUUACUCGAGGCAGCCAUAAAUGAGAUCAAGGCUAACACCUGCAAAUUAGCUGCUCGUCAGUUGGAAAAGAUCCGACGGCUAAGUUCACUUCCGGGAUGGAACAUACACCGUCUAGAUGCAACGGAGGCUUUCAUAAAGAGCGGUAGAGAAUCCGAUGAAGCAUGGGAUAAUCUUGUAGCUGGACCUAGUUCGACAAUCGUCAGACGUUUCCUUUACGCCGAUCAGCAUCGAACGACCCCAAUUAAAUCGAAACCCGGCAUGAUUCCGUCGGCAAUUCCCGCGGCUGUGAUGGGUGCUGCUGUUGCAGCCGUGGGUCGUUGAGAUAAACAGACAACUGUAAUUCGGAGACCCCCGUUGGAAUCGUUGCUUAUUCUCCCCAAAAAAAUAAAAAAGAGAAAAAUAAUGAACAGCAGUACUGCAGUAACUUAAAGGUUACUGGUGCCGGUGAGACCACCGUUUUGAACGGAUUAUGACGAACCUACCAAAAAAAAAAAAGAAAGUUACGUAUGUAUAGAGAGUAGUCUAUAUUCUAUUCAUAUAUGAGCUUGUUGUUUCA